GAUCAACAGGGAAAGCUGAUAGGGGAGAGACCUGUGUGUAAACAACACAGGUCUCUCUCCUGUCAGCAUGGACAUGCUGUUUUGUAUCUCUCUGCAAAGCUUAGCCAUGCAAAGCAGUGUGCUUACAGUGAAGCACACACACAGCACAAAGUUAACCCUUUGAUCGCCCCACAUGUUAACCCCUUCCUGCCCAGUGCCAUUAGUACAGUGUUUUUUAUUAGCACUGAUCACUGUAUUGGUGCCACUGGGGAUGUCAGUGACACCAAGUCAGUUCCCCCCAGUGUCAGAAUGCCCGCCGCAGUGCCGCUAUAAGUCACUGA